AUGUGCAUCAAUUCUUUGCAAAAACCACUGGAAGCUUCAAAUAAUGACGCUAUCAAUUUAAAUAAAACCAUUGCAACUUCCAAUACGUCGGAUAAAAGCGAUUGCAAAAAUAAUCAUAAGAAAAUUCAAUGCAUUCAAACGGUCAUGACCAGCGAGCAAUUAAACGAACUGAGACGACAUGCUCAAGAUGCGACCAAACAAAAUAAAAUCUUUAGUGUACGUGGAUGCUUUCAGUCUAUACGUAACGCAUUGAAAAUUCGAGGCUGGGUGGAAAAAAUAGAACACCAUCAACGCAAACAGGUCAUCACAUCCAACCAUCACGGUCAAGUUUCCAUUAUGGAUUUAUCGCUAGCUUUACCGAAACGUAAAACAGGCGAGACACGACGUCAAUUUCUUGUUAAAUGUGAACGCAACAUUAUGUCGCGUUUUGUCGAACACUUGCCAGUCGAUUUCCUUUGGACAGAUCGCAAAGAUAAAGUGGACUACGCUGAACAGUCUCGCAAUCCUCAAAUGCUAAUCAAUAAAUUUACACGUACACCGUUUACCAAUAAAGAAGGUUUAAACGGCUUAUUACGCGAUCUAAAUUGGUUCUUUGUAGACGAUAUUGCUGAGGUUAAUUUUCCCCGUUGUUUUAAUGUGUGGAAUUUAGAAGAGCUUAACGAAUUUAUUGAACAUUUCAAAUUAACUGCAUGCGUUUCUUUUCUGCGUUGGCUAGUUGAUAAAUAUCGCGAGAAUGGUUACGGACGCAUUUUUUCUGAUGAGGGCAAAAUACCUUUUAACGCAAUUGAGUUCGCUUUGAAGCGUUGCCACGAAUACUGUGAGUCCGCCUUACAUGACGACAUCGAUACCGAAGAUCCGCCGCGUAUAUGGGAACAUGAUUGGGAUACUUUCCUCGCACAACAUUAUCAAUUAACUCAUGAAAAUUGUAAAAUUCAAGCGGAAACUCAACGAGCUCCAAUUGAAACAAUUGUACGAACUAUAUCUCAAGUGUUAGAUGCAUUGCGUGAUCAUUGGCCUCAAUAUACAAUAGACGGUUAUCAGAAUUUAUGGAUAGUUAAGCCAGCCAAUAAAUGUCGAGGUCGUGGCAUACAUUUAGGUAACAAUUUAAAGAAGAUUCUAAAUAUUGUUAAUCCAUCAGUGGCCACCAAAAGUCGCUAUGUAAUACAAAAAUACAUAGAACGCCCUUUGAUUAUACAUCAAACUAAAUUCGAUAUUCGACAAUGGUUUCUAAUUUCGAAUAUUCAUCCGCUGGUUGUGUGGAUGUAUAAAGAAUGUUAUUUACGUUUCAGUUCGCAGGAAUACAGUUUAGUCAAUCAUCACGAAUCGGUGCAUUUAACUAACUAUGCUAUACAAAAGAAAUAUACAAAUCAUAAUAAACGUGAUAAGCGUUUGCCAUGCGAAAAUAUGUGGGAUUCAUAUUCCUUUCAAGCGUACCUGAGACAAAUUGGCAAACAGAAUUUGUGGGAGGAACGUAUAUAUCCUAGCAUGCGAAAGGCCAUCGUGGCAACGAUACUUGUAGCGCAGGAUCACAUGGAACGCACCCCUAACACGUUUGAAUUGUUUGGCGCCGAUUUUAUGAUAUGUGAGAAUUUCUAUCCGUGGCUGAUAGAAAUCAAUUCGAGUCCCGAUUUGGCUCCUACAACGAGUGUAACGGCUCGUAUGUGUCCACAGUGUUUGGAGGAUGUUAUAAAAGUAAUUGUAGACCGCCGAGUUGAUCCCAAGGCCGACGUUGGAAAUUUUGAGUUGAUAUAUCGUCAAAUCGUACCACCAACACCAGCUUAUAUGGGUCUUAAUUUAUGCGUUAAAGGAAAACAAUUAACCGGUCGCACAAUUCAUUCUCAUCAUUAUGGUCUGCAACGCAAGGAGAGAUCGCUGCAUACCAGCAAUUUGUAUCGUCAACGAACCAGUCUUGCAUUGUCAUCGAUAUCGCAUUUACAUAAACCAAUGCCGGCAUUUAAUGCUACCGAUUACAUAGAACACUGUUUGGUACAAACCAAUAAUACAUCGCGUAGCUCCAGCAUACCAAAUUUACUAAACAACAAUACCGAUCAAACAAGUAUUUAUGACGUUUCACCACACAAUACGAUGAAGCGUGAAAAAACGUAUAAUAUAACAGUGACUUGCAGCAAUGCUAUGUUAAACAAAUCCAGCCAUGCAAAGCUCAAAGCUCAGUUAAACUCUACAUUAAAGCGACAUCGAAGCUGCGGUCCAAGAUUAACGACGACCUUGACUAAUGCCACACAAUCGCACAAAAUUAAAUUUUCCGUUAGCAACGUGAAUCGACGCAAAACGAUAGAUAUUAAGAAUAGUAAAGUUUCGAAUCAUUUGAACGGUUCAACAUUGGACGCUCCCAUAUUAAUGAUUAGUCGAAGUGCCGAUAACAUCAAGGAACUUUGCAGUCCUAAUAAGACACUCGCAAAACUGUCGCCAUCUAAAAGUCUUAGUCCGGUAAGAAGCCGACGUAAUUCACCCAUAAAAUCUGCAAAAGCAAAAGAUAAAACUCGACAGAGCUCCAAAAACUUCAAGUCGCUAGCAUCUAAUGAGAAAGAAAAAAUCCACAAUUCUGAUAUCCAUGCCGUGGGCAAAAGUAUAAUCAGUUGGAAUUCUAAGAGAAACCAUUCACUCAAUAAAACUCCACCGCCUCCAACUCUUCACAUUAGCCCACGUUAUCUAACGGCAAACUAUAUGUCAAUUGCCACUCACUCGAAUUAA